AGCUUCCCUCCUGAUGCAAAGCAACCCUGCCUAACCUAACUGACCCCACUAACAAAGAACAAGAAGAAGCUGCAAAAAGAAAGAAACAUGGGUUUUGCUAAACUGUUUUUUCUCCUACCAGUUUUGCUCUCAGUUCUCACCCUGGAGAACAGCGCUGCUCAAGGCUUCAACUGUAGCUCUCCAAAAACAUGUCGUGCCCUGGUUGGCUACAUCACUGUCAACAACACCAACAUCAGCGCCAUUCAAUCUCUUUUCAACGUCAAGCGCCUCAGGAGUCUCCUCGGAGCCAACAACUUGCCUCUUAGCACUCGAGGCAACCACACCAUACCUGCAGAACAAGUCAUCAGAGUCCCCAUCAAUUGUGUUUGCUACAACAACACUGGAACUUCCAACGAUGGCACUAUCUACACGGUUCAGCCAGACGACGGUCUAUACCACAUAGCAGCUGAGGUAUUCUCGCGGUUAGUACUGUACCCGCAAAUUGCAGCGUUCAAUGGGAUUCCAAAUCCGAAUGUGAUAGCGAUAGGGCAGAAGCUGAAAAUCCCGUUGCCCUGUAGCUGUGAUGACGUCGACGGCGAGAAAGUGGUGCAUUACGCACAUGUCGUGCAGUCAGAGAGUACUUUGGGGGAGAUUGCUCAGGAGUUUGGAACUAACGAGGAGACUCUGGCUAGGAUUAAUGGGAUAGCUGAAAAAGACUUAAUAGCUGGCCAACCGAUUGACGUUCCGCUCAGAGCCUGUAACUCAUCAGUGGGAGAUGACUCGUUGGACUACCCUUUGCUUGCUGCUAAUGGCACAUACGUCUUCACUGCAAAUGGUUGUGUGAGAUGCACGUGUGAUGCUGCUAACAACUGGACAUUACACUGUGAAGCAUCCCGGAAUAAACCAUCCAAGUGGGAUGCAUGCCCAUCUAUGCAAUGUGAAGGUUCAGCAGGUUUAUCCCUUGGCGAUAGUACCCCCUUGGGUUGCAAUAGAUCCACAUGUUUCUAUACUGGCUUUAACAACGCAACCAUCUUCACACAACUUGUUCAGGACUCCUCUUGUUCAACAUCCUCUCCAAGCAAUGAUGUUUCAAGAAUCAGUUUGAAUUGGGACUUUCUUUUCCUCUUGGUCUUGCUUUGUUUCCCUCUAUUCCAGUAAAAUGUUAUUACUCUCAACAGGGUCCCAGUCCAUCACCCUCUAUUUUGCGGUAUGAAAAACCGGGAGUUGAAUAUUGCAAUGUAAAAGAUGUUUCUUUUUUAUGAUACUGUAUCAGAAAUUAUUGAAUUGGUCAAGGCAAAUUCGAUGUGGUGGUGAAUAAACUCUUUCACAGUUCCCUCGAAGAGUCAUCUUACAUUUUGGGCUACGUAAACCAUGGAAUAGAAUUCAAAACGGAGUAUCUUAAA